GGCUUUGCCACAUAGAAAGGGUUUAAAACAAAAGCCAGCAUGGCAUUGUCACCAGCCCCCUUUGCAUGGUGAUGCGAUUAAGGUAGCAGCAUUUUUAUUAUUCAGGAAAAGCAGCUGGGGGAUUCACCAGUUCUGAGGCUUUGUCUUCCCUGGGCUAACUGAUGGUCCUGAGCCUUGGUCUGACCUGACCAUGAUGCCCAGGAGUGGCACUUUUUGUUUUUUCUUGGUAAACUGUACAAACCCAAAUCUCUUUUUGGUUUUCAAGGAAAUUAGAUUCCUGCCAGAUUUUGAAUCAGGACAAUAAAUAGGUACUUUGUCCUAGCUUCUUUCUGGAAUCAUUUCUGGGAUAUUUUCCACAAGCAUCAGAGAAACAGGAAUGAACCGGCAGCUAGUGAACAUUUUGACAGCCUUGUUUGCAUUUUUCUUAGAGACAAACCACUUCAGGGCCGCUUUCUGCAAAGACCAUGACUCCAGGUCUGGAAAACAACCUUCGCAGACCCUAUCCCCUUCAGAUUUCUUGGACAAAUUAAUGGGGAGGACAUCUGGAUAUGAUGCAAGAAUCAGGCCCAAUUUUAAAGGUCCUCCAGUAAACGUUACUUGCAAUAUUUUUAUCAACAGUUUUGGAUCGGUCACAGAAACCACCAUGGACUACCGUGUGAACAUUUUUUUGAGACAACAGUGGAAUGACUCAAGGCUGGCAUACAGCGAGUACCCUGAUGAUUCUCUGGAUUUGGACCCAUCUAUGCUGGACUCCAUUUGGAAACCAGAUCUAUUCUUUGCCAACGAGAAGGGAGCCAACUUCCACGACGUCACUACUGACAACAAAUUGCUGCGGAUCUCAAAGAAUGGCAAAGUGCUCUACAGUAUCAGACUCACCUUAACCUUAUCGUGCCCUAUGGACUUGAAGAACUUUCCAAUGGAUGUGCAGACCUGUACAAUGCAGCUGGAGAGCUUUGGGUAUACGAUGAACGACCUGAUAUUUGAGUGGUUAAGCGAUGGUCCAGUGCAAGUUGCUGAAGGACUGACCCUGCCCCAGUUUAUUCUGAAGGAAGAGAAGGAACUUGGAUAUUGCACAAAGCACUACAACACUGGAAAGUUUACCUGCAUCGAGGUCAAGUUCCACCUGGAACGCCAGAUGGGAUACUACCUGAUCCAGAUGUACAUACCCAGCCUGUUGAUAGUCAUUUUGUCUUGGGUCUCCUUUUGGAUAAACAUGGAUGCUGCCCCUGCCAGAGUCGCACUGGGCAUCACCACGGUGUUAACAAUGACGACGCAGAGUUCGGGUUCCAGGGCAUCUCUUCCAAAGGUCUCCUACGUGAAAGCAAUUGACAUUUGGAUGGCGGUGUGCCUUCUCUUCGUCUUUGCUGCCUUGCUGGAGUAUGCAGCUGUAAACUUUGUCUCCAGGCAGCAUAAAGAGUUCCUGAGGCUGCGGAGAAGACAGAAGAGGCAGAAUAAGGAAGAAGAUGUAACUCGGGAAAGUCGCUUUAAUUUCAGUGGUUAUGGCAUGGGUCACUGCCUCCAAGUAAAAGAUGGGGCUGCUGUCAAGGCCACACCUGCCAACCCACUCCCACCACCCCCGAAAGAUGCGGAUGCCAUCAAGAAGAAGUUUGUGGACCGGGCCAAAAGGAUUGACACAAUAUCUCGAGCUGCCUUCCCACUGGCCUUCCUCAUUUUCAACGUCUUUUACUGGAUCACGUAUAAGAUCAUUCGGCAUGAGGAUGUCCACAAGAAAUAGAUGUGCCCUACAGAUCUGGGGACCUUCUUGCCCAAGUGUUGUGCUUGUAAAUACACAGUGAAAUUGUCUUUAUAUCACUCUGACAGAAGAGAAGGCUAGGGGGGAGGGUGGGGAG